CAGAUGGCUGUGACUCUGUCGCGAACUGUCACUUUCGUGCGAUCAAAACAAAACAAACCAUAUCCAAAGUAGGCGCGCAACGCACAGACGCAACUGUAUUUUGUGCGUAUUUUAUGCGAAUUUGCUUGCCACAGCGCUGGUGUAUCGGGAAUAUUCCACGUCAUGAGCGAUCCGAAAAGUGUGCCGUUUGGGAAAGAUUUAUACUGCCAGGAAACGACGACCGGCAGCACAGAAGACCAGGAAAAACCAGAAUCUUCGGUCGUCAUGCUUAACGGCUUCCCGGUGCCGACAGCUUACGCGGACAAAUGUCGUCUGUGUCUGGGGGACAAGUUUAACCAAAACAGUUCCAGCAUCAUUGAUAUAGAGUUGCGACCCAUCUUGCGGAAAGUAUUCAGCUUCCCGAUCACAAACAAAAUAGGAUUGCCGAUGAACGUUUGCGGUAAAUGCAAUCGAAAGGUGCGACUCUUCAACCAGUACCACGCAAUCGUGGCAUAUAAUCAGUCGAUACUGGAAGCAGCUCUGUUCUCAGCAGCGGUUCAGCAAAAGCAAAACAACUAUAGCACCAGCCCUGUACCGGCGAUCCCGGAGAGCAGUAAUUGCACCAGCCCAGCACUGGUGACUGCUCAACCUCCCGUCACCAAUGCGGAAGAAGGUAUAGCGGAAGUGAUAGACAUUGCGAGCGACGAUGAAGCCUCGAAGGAGAAGGAAGAUGAAGCGAUGGACGCCGAAUUGCCAUCCUUAACCACUACGGCCGAUACACGAAACGAUCCACUUUUCGAGCCGCCAGAUUUUGAGGAAGCGGCACAAACGCACUUCGUGUCGGUUGCGUCUCAAGACGCUUAUUUCUUUUACAAUGAAACGGACGGUACCGAAACCUUAGAUAUUCCGCAUACCGACUUUAUUAAGGAGGCAUCGAUAGUUAUCGAACUGGAAUCAUCAAACGAUGAAGAAUCGGAUGAGGGUGUUAGAGCUGGAAACCAAAUGAAGCAUAAUCGUGGAAAAAAUGUCAAACAAGGUCAGAAUAAGCUGCUAGCAUCGCAAUCCUUCACCGAUACACGAUUGCAAGCUGCCGUAGUUGUGGAUGCAAUGAAAAAUGUAAACAAAUCCAAAAAGUGCAAACGGUAAAGGCCGAAAAGGACAUUGUCAUGUGUACAAAUAAGGAUCGAAGCCCGAAGUACAUCCAGGCUAAAGGGGGACAAGUUUAAAGUAAGAGCAGCAAUAGGAGUAGUCGUAAGCCGGAGUUGUAAGCUUUAAAACAUAUUUGGUAACAACAAUCGAAACACUAACGACAUCAGCUUCUCGGAAUCACGCCCGAAAUCAUUUCAUUGUUACAAACUAGAAUAAAAUAAGAUCCAAAAAUUAAGUGUGGAUAUCAUUUAGCACUUUGUUUCUGCUCCCUGAAAUGGGGCGAUUUGAAACCCCUGCUUUUGUUUCGUAAUGCGAGUGUGACACCCCUGUACCAGUACUCGGGCAGCAGCGCCUACUGUAGCUGUCAAGCGACGCUCGACGCAAGCCAGCUGUCAAGGGCCCAGCGCAACCAAAACAAACCCCAGCGUUGCAGCGGCAAAACAAACAAUCGUUCAGACAGUCCGCGUUUAGUUUAUUUAAUUUGUUUGUGUUAAUCCACCGCACCAUUAGGCGUGUGUAUUUCGGAGCAUCGUUUAGCAAGCGUUUAGUGUACCUGAUAGUGAAAGGCUCAUGCCUCAAAGGUUAUGCUCUUGGUCCUGUCGACAGCAUCGUUUGCAAAAGUUCACCUGCUUCAUGUGCACAGUUCGUUAGGGAGCGGAAAAGCGUACGAAGCAUUAAACGAUGAGUGGCACCAGGAAUGACCCAUUCGGCACGGAUUUACCACCACCCCUAGUGCCUUUGCCGAGCUGCCACGCACGGGUAAAACAAUUGCAGGCCCGCCUGUUCAACGGACUGCCCCUAACCACGAGCUACAUUGCCAACUGUCGACUAUGCCUGUCUAGAAAUUUCGGCGACAAAAGUACCACCAUCAUCGAGGAGCAGCUUUGCGCCAUGCUUAAACAAGUUUUUCCCUUUCCGAUAACGAAUCAAAUAGGCCUACCGAUGAAUGUGUGCGCCGAAUGCUACAAAGCAGUCCAGGUGUUUUACGGGUACAGCGUGCAGGUGCUGGCCAACCAGAAGAAACUGCAGGAAACGUUGAUCAAAACGGACCACUUCGAGUAUAAUGCGUUUAACAAAGCAAUUCUGGAGAGGGCACAACAUCCCGACACGCAUCGGGAGCAGAAGGCGGAACCGAGCUGCCAGCAGGAAGCAGGAAUCGAAAUCAAGAGUGAAGACGAAUCUCAAGACGAUGAGUACCAGUGCGGGAUGCUGAUCGAUGCGGAUGCACAAUGCAAAUCGGAAGCCGGAUCGGAUGACGAUCAAGCGCAGGAUCCACUUUUGCCACCUGCAUCAUAUGAAAGAGCUUCAUUGCGAUCUGUACGAACCGAACGCUGCCGUAAUCCACCGACGGAAGUGAGUGUAACGCACGAAGCAAGUUUACCCAUUGGCAAGACAACGACAGCAAAUGCAAGCAAAAGUGCAGCCGCAAGCGUACCGAGUGCAAAGCCACCGUCGUUGGAGUUUGCUGGCGUAAGGAAAAGGAUACGGCUUUCCACAACGGAACCGAGCGAAACGGACGACACUGCGGACGGUUCUUCCUUCCCGAAACCGGUAUACAUCUGCAGCCUCUGUGCCCAAACGUUUGACAAACAUCAUCAGCUAGUAUGCCACCAGAAGACGCAUCUGAUGAGAGAGUGUCCGAUCUGUAAGCAAAUGAUUGUACACGGAACGAUGAGGGAACACAUCAUAAAGGUGCAUGCCGUUAUCGAUAGCGACAGGAGCGUAACAUAGACCAUAGCAUUGUAAUUAGCGGGUAGGACGCUCUUUGGCGUCGCGGGCGUUGUUGAGUAAGAGCAUGCCGCGGAAUAAAGUAAUUUUGUACGAACGUGGCGUUGGCGGUACAAUUUGAACGAUGUCGGAAGGUAGCGUAAUCUUUGUCAUCCGGUCACACAACCCAGUUUUCCAUCCCGAAUGACAAUCAUAAGAGAUUUGCUGAAGAAGCGAUUCUUAUGGUAUGUUAAAUCUUUUUUCUGUUUCGGCUCUAGAUCAAUAUUUGGAUUUAGUUUGACGAGAUGGGCUUACCUCGCUAAACUCUGCGUCGUCGAUGGGCAGCCUCCACUACCCAACGGUGGGGGAGAGCAGGCUUGAUCCGCGACUGAUGUGUAUUCAAACACGUUUCAAACCGUGUGUAUUUACCACAGGUUCCUUAACCGGUUACUGACAAUCGUUCGCUGUAAUUGAUACAGGAAUGGAGUCUAGACGAACAGCCAGAGCUUACAUCGCCGUGGCUUACUAACUUGUAUGACCGAGUUAGUCCACGGUCGCAUAUUACCUACGUUUAAAAGCCCACUUACCCCCCACAGUAAAGUUGAUCAUUACUAUUUGAAAUUUGCAACGUGGGGGCAGCAAACGCUUGCUUAUCAAAUCCGCUCGCACCUUAACGAAACUAGCGUAGCAAUUAAUUAGUGCGGUUCACCUUGCCGUACGGAACGCUUCCUACGGAUUGGCUGGGAGGCUGAUCUGCGGUUACGCGCACGAGGGUGGCCACAAACGGGUGCAGAGUGUAGUUAGCAUCCGCUGCUUCAACCGGUAAGGCGAAUUAUUAGCGUGCUGAUUGUGGUGAAAAUGUCUCUAGACGGUCUAAAUGCUGUAGUUUUCGGUGGUUGUGGUGGCAUAGGCAUAGCCAUCGGACAACGUCUGCUCCAGGAGGGUGUGAAGAAACUGUUCAUUCUCGAUGUGGCGGAGUUGUCCGAUGCGAAUCUGGUCCGCUUGAGGGAGCACAGCCGUGAUGCGCAGCUACUGUGCAAAGCCUGUGACGUGUCGAACCGAACGGAACUGAAGCAAAUAUUGGAGAAGGAUGUGCUGGAGGCGCUGGGGUGCGUAGACAUUCUGGUCAAUUCGGCCGGGAUUGUUGAGGAUGAAGUACCCGAUAAGGUGAUCGCCGUUAAUCUGACAGGAGUCAUUAAUUCGUGCCUAAUCGCGCUUACCAAGAUGUCCCGGGCAAAUGGCGGCAAAGGUGGCGUGAUCGUGAACGUGGCCUCAAUAGCAGGACUCGAACCGGUCACCUUUCUGCCUACGUACUGUGCCACCAAGCAUGGCAUAGUCGGUUUUACACGCUCGCUAGGAGUUCAACCCGUCUUCAAUGAAACGGGAGUAAAGUUUAUAACCAUCUGCCCGGGCGGAACACGGACUCCGAUGUUUCAAAAUUGCAAAAUACUGUACACCGAGGUCAAGGUGUUGCAGAAAAUGUUCCAAGAGCUAAAGCGAUAUAAACCACAGAGCCCCGAUGCUGUGGCAGACUGCGUGAUUCAGGCCAUCCUGAAGGGAGAGAACGGUUCAACCUGGAUUUGCAACGAUGGAGAGAUCUCUGUCCAUAGCUUUCCGCAAUCAAAAUACCUUUGAAGGUGUUGCUCAAGGUUGGUGUAUGACCAUAAAAAGUUAAACCCCGUUGGAAGACCGGUUUUGGUGGACUAAAUAAAAAUGAUUAAAAUAAAUAAAAAAUAACUCUCGCUUACGCGUAGCGCGAAUUGUAACGUGGCUCGUAGUUCGUGGUUUAAUACGUGCUACAA